AUGCAGUCGGUACGCUUACUUUCACCAUUCCGAAGCUCCUCCAGGCUCCACACAACAUUACGACCUCUUUGCAGAACAGCUACGUACAACACAACAAGCAGAUCGAUGGCGCAAGAAUUCAAGGUCAAGGGGCUUUCUUCUCUGGACCUGAAGAACGGAGAUAAGCAAGAGGUGGAGAUAGAGGGUGUCGAAGGCGGGAAGGCUUUGAUACUCAAGAUCCAGGACAAAAUACAUGCCACCAGCGCAAAUUGCACUCAUUACGGUGCGCCUCUGGCAAAGGGUGUACUUACACCGGAAGGAAGACUGACAUGUCCCUGGCACGGUGCUUGUUUCAAUGUCUCCACGGGUGACGUUGAAGAUGCACCCGCACUUGACCCGCUCUCCAAGUACGAAGUGUUCGAGAAGGGCGGUGCUGUCUACAUCAAGGCCGACAAAGACACCAUCAAAGCGAACAGGAGAUCCUUGAACCUCAAGUGCUCGGCAUCGAAUGACCAGAAGGUAUUGGUUAUCGGAGGCGGCUCCGGAACCCUCGGCGCGAUCGAAGGUCUGCGUGGAGGAGGAUUCAAGGGCGCCAUCACGGUACUAUCAAAGGAGGGUUACCGCCCUAUCGACCGUACCAAGUUGUCCAAAGCAUUGCUUGCAGACCUGUCCAAGGCCGCAUGGAGACAACCUGACUUUUACAAAGAUGCUUCGAUCAACAUUGUAGAGGCAGAGGUGAACAAUGUGGACUUCUCCGCAAAGAAGGUGUCCACUAAAGGCGGAGAAACAUACGAGUACACCAAGCUGGUGCUGGCAACUGGAGGAACUCCCCGAUGGCUACCAUUGGAGGGCUUGAAAGGGGAUCUGGGUAAUGUGUUCAUUCUACGGGCAUUACCCGAUGCGCAGAACAUCGUAAAGGCUGUUGGUGACAAUGGCAAGAAGGUUGUUGUCGUGGGUAGUUCUUUCAUCGGCAUGGAAGUGGGCAACUGCCUGGCCGGGAUGAAGAACGACGUUACAAUCAUCGGCAUGGAAGAAGCCCCGAUGGAACGCGUCAUGGGCAAAAAGGUCGGCAAGAUAUUCCAAGGCCUUCUCGAGAAGAACGGGGUCAAAUUCAAGAUGGGAGCUAGUGUCGACAAGGCCACGCCCUCGAAGAACGAUUCAUCAAGGGUAGGGGCCGUCCAUCUAAAGGAUGGUACCAUUCUCGAAGCCGAUAUCGUGAUAGAGGGUGUUGGCGUUGCACCGGCCACAGAGUACCUCAAGGAGAACUCAGCAGUGCAGCUGGAGAAGGAUGGCUCGAUAUCAACCAAUGAGGCAUUCGAGGUCAAGGGCUUGAAGGAUGUCUUCGCCAUUGGUGACAUCGCAACCUACCCUUACCACGGACCUGGCGGUAACGGUACCCCAGUUCGCAUUGAGCACUGGAAUGUUGCACAGAACGCCGGUCGAUCUGUAGCCAACACCAUCAACAACCCAGGCUCGAAGCCCAAGCCGUUCAUUCCCGUUUUCUGGUCAGCUCUGGGCUCCCAGUUGAGGUACUGCGGAAACACAGUUGCUGGUUAUGAUGACGUGGUUAUUUCCGGAGACAUAAAGCAACCUUCUUUUGUAGCUUACUACACCAAAGGCGAAGAAGUGGUUGCCGUCUCCUCCAUGGGCAAGGAUCCAUACAUGACCCAAGCCGCAGAGCUGAUGCGAAGAAAUAAGAUGCCCAAAAAGAGCGAGCUCCAGAAGGGUGUCGAUAUCCUCGAGAUCGGCAUCCCCUCCGAGAUCAAGAUCUAGAAGCACAUUGUUCCUACCAGGAUGGUUUGGCAACAAGCAGGGCCGUCGCCUCGGGAGAAGGAGCUUUGCUUCUUUGCAGAAAAGGGGGGUUCAAUGCGAUAUAGAUUUCAUGACGUCAAUCCUCAAU